AGAGCAAGCGAGUGCCAUGGUUAACAGGGUGCCUAGGUAACAGCAGUCUAGGAAAGGGUUGAGCAGAGGCAGCUAUGGGGUUAAGAGGACCCCAGCAGAGACGAUGAGCUGACAGUCAGAAGAGCUGCAGAGGAUCAGCUCUAGUGCUCAGAGCGCAAGGAGGACCUGCUCCUGCAGACGCCCCUCUCAGCCCAUGUUUAUGUGUCGCUUCCCUUUGCUUCCCCUUACAAUCCUGCAGCCAAGGCUCCUCUCAAAGAGGGGAGGGGAUUCUUUUUUUUUUGCCUUUUGCAGAGACCAUGCAUGCUAAUGUUCUUCCCUGCCGUGGCUUCUGAUUGCUGUUGUAGCAGCCACACGCAGACAGUUGAGCUUUAGUGGAGCUUCAGGAGAAGACUUGUGUUGCUGGAGAGGGAGCAGAAGACUUCCAGGAACCUGUGGAUCAGUUACAAGUGGACUGCAACACGAACAAGGUCUUGGGUUUUUAUUUUUUUUCAACUGGGAGCGAUUCCUCUUUGGAUCUGGAUUUGAAAGGGAAACAGUAGAGUAAAGUCCACCUCUAAAGGAGAAAUGUCAUGGCUUAAUGAGACCCUUUGUUCUGGAUCUUUAAUUUGGGAGAACCCUUGAAGUUAUCCGGGGUUGGGGAGCAACAAAUAAAAGUGGGAAGCAAAGUUGGAUCUGACCAGCAGCAGCCUCCUUUGGAUAAAGCGGAGAACCAUCUCCAAGACCAGAGAAGUGGGACCUUCCCCUGCACAAAGGAGUGCGUUGGGGUGAGUAAGAGGCUGCUGUGGUUCUUCUGGGCUGGGGGUUUGGAACUGGCCGAGAAAACGACGAAAGGAGAAGGAAAGGCAGCCGUGGCCCCUGCCGGGAACAUGGGCACUUUGAGGGACUUGCAGUACGCUCUGCAGGAGAAGAUCGAGGAGCUCAGGCAGAGGGAUGCUCUCAUAGAUGAACUCGAGCUGGAGUUGGAUCAGAAGGAUGAGCUGAUCCAAAGACUCCAGAACGAACUGGAUAAGUAUCGAUCUGUCAUCAAACCGGCCACCCAGGUUCACAAACAGAACCCCACCACUUUGGGGGAGCAGAGGACCAAGAGGCAGGCUAUUUCUGCAGAGCCAACUGCCAUUGACAUCCAAGAAUUGAGUCAUGUCACUCUUCCCUUCUACCCCAAGAGCCCACAGUCCAAGGAAUUAAUUAAGGAAGCGAUUCUCGACAACGACUUCAUGAAGAACCUGGAAAUCUCCCAGAUCCAAGAGAUUGUGGAUUGUAUGUAUCCCGUAGAAUAUGGCAAGGACAGCUGCAUCAUCAAGGAAGGGGACGUGGGCUCGCUGGUGUAUGUCAUGGAAGACGGAAAGGUGGAAGUAACAAAGGAGAGCAUCAAGUUAUGCACCAUGGGACCAGGGAAGGUUUUCGGGGAGCUCGCUAUAUUGUACAACUGCACCCGCACAGCUACCGUCAAAACACUUACAAAUGUGAAACUCUGGGCAAUCGACCGACAAUGUUUCCAGACGAUAAUGAUGCGAACAGGGCUCAUCAAGCACACAGAAUACAUGGAGUUUUUAAAAAGUGUUCCCACAUUCCAGGGCCUUUCUGAAGAAAUUCUUAGCAAGUUGGCCGAUGUGCUUGAAGAGACUCACUAUGACAGCGGAGACUACAUAAUCAGGCAAGGGGCUCGAGGGGACACUUUCUUCAUCAUCAGCAAAGGGAAGGUCAAUGUCACCCGAGAAGAUUCUUCUGCUGAGGAUUCAAUAUUUAUUCGCACUUUAGGGAAGGGAGACUGGUUUGGAGAGAAAGCUCUGCAGGGGGAAGACAUCAGGACAGCGAACGUGAUUGCAGCUGAGGCCGUGACUUGCCUUGUUAUUGACAGAGACUCUUUCAAGCACUUGAUUGGAGGCUUGGAUGACGUUUCUAACAAGGCUUACGAAGAUGCCGAGGCAAAGGCAAAAUAUGAAGCGGAGUCGGUGUUCUUCGGCAGCCUCAAGCUGGCGGAUUUCAACAUCAUCGACACGCUGGGCGUCGGAGGGUUCGGAAGAGUAGAACUGGUCCAGUUGAAAAGUGAUGAGUGCAAAACAUUUGCAAUGAAAAUCCUGAAGAAGAGGCACAUAGUGGACACAAGGCAGCAGGAGCACAUUCGAUCAGAAAAACAGAUCAUGCAAAGCGCACACUCAGACUUCAUUGUUAGGUUAUACAGGACAUUUAAAGACAGCAAGUAUCUAUAUAUGUUAAUGGAAGCUUGCCUUGGCGGAGAACUAUGGACGAUUCUCAGGGAUAGAGGUUCUUUUGAUGAUUCUACAACAAGGUUUUACACAGCUUGUGUAGUGGAAGCGUUUGCUUAUCUGCAUUCCAAAGGGAUUAUCUAUAGAGACCUCAAGCCAGAAAAUCUCAUCCUGGACCAUCGAGGUUAUGCAAAGCUGGUUGAUUUUGGCUUUGCAAAGAAAAUAGGAUUUGGUAAGAAAACAUGGACUUUUUGUGGAACCCCAGAAUAUGUAGCACCAGAGAUCAUCCUGAACAAGGGUCAUGACAUUUCAGCCGAUUACUGGUCAUUGGGAAUCUUAAUGUAUGAGCUUCUGACUGGCAGCCCGCCUUUCUCAGGUCCAGAUCCUAUGAAGACAUACAAUAUCAUAUUGAGAGGUAUCGACAUGAUUGAAUUUCCAAAGAAGAUUACCAAAAAUGCUGCUAAUUUAAUAAAAAAACUAUGCAGGGACAAUCCAUCAGAAAGAUUAGGAAACUUGAAAAAUGGAGUGAAAGAUAUUCAAAAGCACAAAUGGUUUGAAGGCUUUAAUUGGGAAGGUUUAAGAAAAGGCACAUUGACACCUCCUAUUAUACCAAGUGUUGCAUCCCCAACAGACACGAGCAAUUUUGACAGCUUUCCCGAGGACAAUGAAGAUCCACCUCCUGAUGACAAUUCAGGAUGGGACACAGACUUCUAGUGCAUUUUUCUUACCUGCUUCUGCCUUGCUGAAGACAGCUUUCCUGAGACACGGCUGCCAAGAAGAAGAAGAGAGCAAAAAAGAGAAGGAAUCGGGGGGGGGGACGAUCAGUGCUCGGGGGUCACCAUGAUGCCUUGAUUGAUGCUGCUCCAGUAAUUACAGUGGCAUUAGGACUUAUUGCUGAAAUGACAAUAAUGCUCUUUAACAUGUUUUACGUUUGACCUUAAUCCAAGAACUGACAUGGUGGUCCUGAAGCAAAUCCUCUUCAAAAGUAAUAAUAGUAUGAAAAAUAAUGUUUUUUUAUCACUUUUUCUGCUGGCCACAUACACAAAGAUAGAACCGUUCCAAAGUGAUUGAUCUCUUCUUUGACCUAUUGAAUUCCAUGAACAUUUUUGAGUUAGUGAUGGGAUACGGAUGGCCAAAAAUAUAAACGUCAGUUAACUGGGUUAGAAUAUUUAGAAUAUCUUUUUUUUUUUUUUUCACUAUGAAGUCCAGAUCAUUGGUUUUGAGAUUAGAACCAUAGUAAUCCAGAUGAUCAAUUAUUAAGUGUAGGUUUUGUCCAUGGAUCAUAUUGUGUGUGCGUGUGUGUGUGUGUACGGAAAUCCAGCUAAUUGUUUUUUUUCUUUUGCUACCUUGUGAUAUAUCCACUAAGAAGAGUAUUUUGAGUGUGCGAAAUUAAUCGAACCAUAAAAGGUCAGGUGAUCACUGUCUCUAAUCUGAUUCCUCUAUGUUACAUGGGAUGAAAAUAUGAAAAUCCAACUGGUCACUUUCUAUGGUCUGCUUCUCAUGUGGUCUACUAACUGAUUAGAUCGUUCUAUGCUUCCCUUGUGAUCUACACGUUGUUCAGAUCAUUGUAUGUGUAUGUUGAGUGGGAUGAACCAAUGGAAUCCAUUUGAUCACUCGUCUGAUCUGCUUCCAUUGUGGUCUACUAUCGAAUCAGCCUGUUUGUCUGUUUGUGAAGUGGGUUGAACCAAUAGAAUCCAAAUAAUUCUUAAUAAUUCUUCAUAUAAUUCUUAAUUUUGAAUUGAGUUCCCCGUUUAUGGUUCUACAUUGACUUCCAUUGUGGUUGAUCUCUUCGGUGCAUGUAUAAGUAAGAAAUUAUUCCAGAUCGCUGAAAAUCAUGGAAAAUUUCCUGACCCUUUGUGUAGAUGCAGGGGGUGGUUCAUUAAACUUCAAAAAAAAACAAACUGCCCUAUCUUGAACGGCCAAAUCGUUGGGUGUGUGGCCAGCUUAAGCAUCUGAACAAAAAAAGUGUGAGAUUAAAACUGUAUAUAAUACAAAGAUAGUGUUAUCUUAAGGAUGGUUUAUAAUUUAUUUCAAUACUGUAGAUCAAGGUACAUUUGAUAAUCUGUAGAGAGUAGCAAACUGGGACUAUAACUGCGGGUCAGAGAAUAAACAGGAGGAUAUUUAUCAAGGCUUUAGCCCAGUUUCCCAGCAUAAAAAAAAGACAAAAAAUAUAUAGUUUGGAUAUUUACUCUAUUAUUUUCAAUUUGAAAUCAUCUGAUUAAGGUUGACAAAGCAUCAAAUGCUUCAUUCUAAUCCCAAGUAUAAAGCAAAGGACUUUCAUUGACUCUUCUCCAUUUUAAGGACCACAUAACCAUUCAAUCAUUGUGCUCACGUCAAUCCAGUUCUACAUUCUGUUUUUUUUUUCAUUUGUUUUCAUUAUAGAACUGAAUGUUAAGCUUUUCAUUUGUCAGAUUUGUUUUUUUAAUUCUAUUAAUAAAAGCACAACUGCUGCA